AUGCAUCCUGAAGUGUAUGGGGCUGCAAAGUCAGGAGAAUUUCAUUCCCUGAUGAGAAUAAUUUUGGAAAAUGGAGAGGACCUUCUCCACCAAACAACGCCAAAGGGGAACAAUGUUCUUCACGUUGCGGCUCAAUUCGGGCAGGCAAAUUUCAUCCAAGAAUUUCUUCAAGAUCUAUCAAGAUCUUCCCUUCUUUGGCAAGGUAACUGCAAAGGGGACACUCCCUUACAUGUUGCUACUCAACUAGGAAGCCAUGAAAUGGUUCGAGUUUUUAUCGAUCGGGCGAAAGCAAUACAUCAACCUGAUGCAUACAAAGAGCUACUUAGGAUACCGAAUUCAGAUGAGGAUACCUUGUUGCACUUUGCAAUAAGAGGACGUUGCAAGGGGGUCGUGGAAUUGCUUAUUGAAGAAGAUCCUCAACUAUGUGAUAUUACUAAUGCUGCUGAUGAGUCCCCACUUUAUCUCGCAGUAGAUCAGAGUUUUUCGGAUAUCAUUGAGCUGAUUUUAUGUGCUUCCUCGUCGCCAUCCUCUCAUAAGGGCCCUAAAGGACUGACAGCUCUGCAUGCUGCGGUGCGCUGUCCACUUCCAGUUCAACUGCUCUUGCAACAUGAUACUUCUGUUGCAUACGACUUAGACAAAGAGGGGGAUUCAGCUCUUCACAUUGCAGCGUUUCAAGGCAACAUCGAUGUCAUUGACAAGCUUGUUACAUCCUGUCCUGAUGCUUGGGACAUAAUGAACUAUAAAAGGCAAACAGCUCUUCAUGCGGCUGUUAUCGGAGGAAAAGUAAAGGUAGUCAAGCACAUACUAAGGAUGCCAAACCUGGAGGACCUUAUCAACGAAAAAGACACUGAUGGAAACACAGCUUUGCAUUUGGCUAUGCGUCUUAGAAAAUACGAAAGCGCGUUGACACUUGCAAGAGACAAGAAGGUGGACCAUUUUGCCACAAAUAAGGAUCAUUUGACCGCUGUUGACAUUUUAUAUGAUCAGAAGGAGGAGGUAACGUACCGAAAUUUUCGAGUUUUUCGUGCAUUGCGAGAAUCUUGUAGAUUCCCGAAUAUACAAGACUUUGCUGUGGAAAAGAAAAAGACGUUAGACAAGCAAUUUUUGGAGGGUCAAUCAGCUGCGUCUAUAACCACGGGAAGCAAUUCAUCAUUGAAAAGCAUUAUCGACCUUGAACUACUAGUGGCAGCAUUCAUAGCUACAGCGACCUUUGCCGCGGCCUUCGCUUUACCAGGAGGCAAUAUCAAUGACGGACCCAACCAAGGAAUGGCGACUCUUGCUGGCAGGGCGGCUUUCAAAACAUUUGUGAUAACUAACACUAUAGCGUUCAGUUUCUCCACCUUGGCAUUGUUCUUACAAUUUGAUACUUUUGCGUUGAGCGAUCGUCGCAAGGUGAGAUUCACCGUCGAUGCCGCAGCUUGCAUUUACAUUGCAAUGUUCGGGAUGGUGCUAGCCUUUGCUUCUGGUACGUAUUUAGUUUUGACCAGAACCAUUGGGCUUGCAAUCGUUCCUUGGGUUAUAUGUGGAUGUCUCGGGAUUAAUUACCUCCGAGACCCCUUUAGUCGUUUUGCAACGCUCUGUAUAAAUCCCAGUGACGUCCUCCCGGAAGCCAAGGCGAGAUCAUGA